UAAAAAUACCAGACAAAUGAAAAACAGACUUCAGCAGUUACAUGCAGCUUCCUGAGUAACUGAAGAAUGUGCCUCUUGUGGUUAAAAUGAGGGAUCUGUUUAAUAUGGAUGAAAUACCAACACUCCAGGCAUUUUCAUUGACAUUUCACUGUGACUUUUUGAACUUAGGAGUGCUGACACGAACACCCAUUCUUGCUGCUCUGUGAAGCCUGCAGGCAGACUGCAGAGCAGGGCCAGGAGCGUGCAAGGCUGUGUCCGGUUCACCUUCCCUCUGCUGGCACGUCUUUAUGUUUGUACUUCAUUCUGCAUUCACACUGUUGCAUUCCCUAGUUUUUCCAGGAUUCCUUUUCUGGAACCAGUCGGGAAACCAGGCAAGGGUUCUCAUGCUCUGGAAUUCCAUCACCUCUCCAGCGCUGGACUUGCUUGCUGGACCAAAGUGAAAACAUUCGUGGUGGGUAUUUGUAAAGACUUUUGCCAAAAGUCGAAGAGCACUUGCGUUUCUUGGAACCAGAAGCUUCCCAGAGUGGCUGGACAGAGCACUGUGGCACCCAGGACACCCUGGAGAACAGAUUCAGGGGGUAAAGGAGCCGAGAGAAGCCUCCUUCUCCGACUCUCCGCGGCGCCGGGCGGGCUGGGCUCCGGGGCAGCCCGGCCGUCUGGCAGCAGCGCGGCAGAGACAUGCUGUUUUGUUUAAAUCCUCCACAUUCUUUGCCAUUUCCCCAUUGGCCGGAUGGGGCUACCCUCCCUGCCGCGGCCGCUGCUGAUGUCAGCCUCGCUCGCGCUGGCUCCUCCCGUACCCACCUCCCCGGCCCGAGGCACACACUGCAGCUCCGCGCGGACUCUCCGGUCCCGGCGAGGUGGCUGCAAACUCGCGGGCACGCACGGCGCUCAGGGAGCCGAGGGACUCGGGGGAGGGGACGCGCGCGGAAGGCGCCAGCUUGCUCUCGCCCGCCCUUCCUUGCGCGAGCGGAGGUUGGAGGAACCCCGGGCCCCAGCCCGGCGGAGCCCGGCAGCGGCGGCGGCGGCUUCCCUUUUCUCCUCCAGCGAGCUUCGGAGCGCCUCGGGGACUGGCCCUAAAAAGAUCAGGCAAUCUUGUUUACCGCCUGGGGAGAGGAGCCGAUCGAGCCUUUGUCUGGAAAGUCAGCAUCUCCAGCCCCGGCUGCAGUGUGUUCCUGGUGAAUUCGCAUUGGGCAGACCGGCCUGAGAAGGGGGUGGUCUCCAGGUUCAUGUCUGGUUUCAGAGGCGGAUCGAGCGGGUGACUUUUGUGCAUUCGCUUUAAUUUUUGGAAAUCUCUUUUUUUUCCUCCCUGGCCCGCCACGGGGCAUGUCCUGAUCUGACGGCUGCUCCUACCGCCCCGGGCUGCAUAUCAGAGCGGUUUCCAGCGGGGCUCCCUCCCUUCCUCCCUGACUUUGAAACGCCGCGUUCCGGGAGGACCGACCUCGGCUAGGAAGGAGGCGGGGGAGCCGCGAACACCGGACCCAAACCUUGACAUGCUCUCGGGCGGAGAGCAGGCAGUCAGGAGCUGAGCGCACCGCCGGGGCCGCUUCGCCCGCCGGCUCCGAGCGCUGGGCUCCCGGCGCUUUGCCCUGCGCCUGGGCGGCAGCCUUGUUUCCUGGGGGGCGCCCCCGCUUCCAGCUCCGGGGGUCCGCGGCCGGCAGGACCAUGCUGCUGAAGGAGUACCGGAUCUGCAUGCCGCUCACCGUGGACGAGUACAAAAUCGGACAGCUGUACAUGAUCAGCAAGCACAGCCACGAGCAGAGUGACCGAGGGGAAGGCGUGGAGGUCGUCCAGAAUGAGCCCUUCGAGGACCCUCACCACGGCAACGGGCAGUUCACCGAGAAGCGUGUGUAUCUUAACAGCAAACUGCCGAGUUGGGCUAGAGCUGUUGUUCCCAAAAUAUUUUAUGUUACAGAGAAGGCUUGGAACUAUUACCAAUCGAGUGACCUAGAAUAUACAUGUUCCUUUCUGCCGAAAUUCUCCAUUCACAUAGAAACGAAGUAUGAGGACAACAAAGGAAGCAACAACAGCAUUUUUGACAAUGAAGCCAAAGACCUAGAGAGAGAAGUUUGCUUUAUUGAUAUUGCCUGCGAUGAAAUUCCAGAACGUUACUACAAAGAAUCUGAGGAUCCCAAGCACUUCAAGUCAGAGAAGACAGGACGGGGACAGUUAAGGGAAGGCUGGAGAGAUAGUCAUCAGCCCAUCAUGUGUUCCUACAAGCUGGUGACCGUGAAGUUCGAGGUCUGGGGGCUUCAGACCAGAGUGGAACAAUUUGUACACAAGGUGGUCCGAGAUAUUCUGCUGAUUGGGCACAGACAGGCUUUCGCAUGGGUUGAUGAGUGGUAUGAUAUGACAAUGGAUGAUGUUCGGGAAUACGAGAAAAACAUGCAUGAACAAACCAACAUAAAAGUUUGCAAUCAGCAUUCCUCCACUGUGGAUGACAUAGAGAGCCAUGCCCAAACAAGUACAUGACAAUGGAUGAAGUCCGAGAAUUUGAACGAGCCACUCAGGAAGCCACCAACAAGAAAAUCGGCGUUUUCCCACCUGCGAUUUCUAUCUCGAGCAUGCCCCUGCUGCCUUCCUCUGUCCGUAGCGCCCCUUC